CUGGUUUUUGCACAGUGCCUCCUCCAUCAUGCUGGCUCGAGCUCUGCUCCAGACUUCGCUGGUUCUCUGGUUGGCUCAGCAAACUCUGCAAGGCGGGGUUAAACCUCAAAGUGUUUCCUGGGGGAGAGUGCUUCCAGCCAGAGGUGUUGGCAUCGGUGGCGUGAAACCUGGAGUUACUGGUGCCCUUGGAGCACUGGGUAGCCGAUAUGGCAGCAAAGCAAUGAAGACUGGAAUUGGACGUUAUCCUGCAGCCCAGCUUGGUGUUGGAGGUUACAGAUCUCUUGGAUUAGGAGGAAGAGCAGGUCUGAAGCAAGGUGGAUAUGGAAACCAGGGAGCCUAUGGUGCCAGUCUGGGCCCAGGAAUGGGGCUGGGGGCUGGGCUCACAAACGGACUGGGACUGGGAUUGGGCCAGGGAGGAAAACGUGCUUAUGGUGCUGGCUUGGGAACACUUCCAGGAUAUGGAUCUUUAGGGGGCACUGGCUAUCCUGCAGCACGACCAGGUUAUGCUGGUGGAGCGGGAAACUACAUGGGAGCAAGCCUGGGCGCUUUGGGUUAUGGAGCAGGGUUGGGACAGGGAGCGUAUCUGGGUGGAGCAGCUGGAAAACUUGGAGCUGCUGCUGCUGCACUCGGGCAGGGUGGUUAUCCCCAAGGUGUUGCGGGAAAGUCGACUGGUUAUGGUGAUGGAGCAACAGGAUAUCUUGGUGCUGUGGCAGGGAACGGCUUGGGUUAUGGGAAUGGUGAUGGCUAUGGAGCUGCCCUCAGUCCUGGAGGCUAUGCUGGACAGGUCCAGGGGGGCUAUGGAGCACUUGGGGCAGGCCUGGAAUCAACUGGUGGCAAAUAUGGAGGAGGAGCUCCUCAGGCUCCUUAUGGUAACGCCCCAGUGCUUCCUGCUGGACUGGAAGGUGAUGGCGGCUAUCCGUAUGCUGCACAGCAGCUUGGUCUUGGUGUUGAAGGUGCUAAAUCUGCCAAAUAUGGCCCUGGUGCAGGAUAUGGAGCUCAACAAGCAGGGUUCGGUGCACAGCUAGGGCCAGCUCAAGAUGCUUUGGGAGAGCAGACUGGCAAAUAUGAUCGAGUGAAUGCUGCCCUGGGUAACGGAUACAAAGGCUAAUUCUAACGACGUUGACCUCUUCAAGUGGAUCAUUACCAUAAAGUGUUCAGUCCAAUGAGUUUGCAGUGCUUCUCUGUGUGAUUUACUCUACUUUGUUAUGUUGUCAUGUCUGUAUGUCUUUUGUUUCAUUCUUCUCAUCCACCUUGUCCUUCUCUGUGAACGGACAUCUGUAAACCAGAUGUCUGUCUGCUUGUCUCCCUCCUCUCAAACCUGCUGCACCCACGAGUUUGUUCCUGGCAGUGCUAAAAAGGCUUGGUGGUGAUUGAUAAACAUAAAUGGAUGUGAAAUGCAAGAAAUAUGUCCCUUUGUUUUGGAGUAAUGAUUUGUUCUGUUUUAAUCCAAUAAAUUAUAUCACCCAG